CACUCAGCUAGAUUGGACAAGGCUCCGCGAGGGGCGGCGCGCAGUUUAUAUCUACUGGUAGUCCUGAUAACUCACCAUAGCGUCUUGGUUACUGAACAAUUCCGCGCAAAUUCUCAAUGAUCUUCACUUCUCGAACGUGGAUUAAUGGAGUCACCAUGGUUUAUUGAUUGAACUAUUGCAGGGAAUCUCGUCGCCGUUGCACCAGGCUUCACGCCCCAGUCAUGUCUUUUGGAUUCUCCGUUGGCGACUUCGUCGCCUGCAUGCUCCUUAUAAAUGAUGUCGCUCAAGCACUACAAUCAUCCACUGGCUCAGUUUCGGAAGUCAAGAACCUAGUCGGGCAGCUCGACUCUCUGAUGUUGGCUCUGAUGAGUUCAGCAAGUAUUCAUCAGCAGAUAAAUGGGAUCGAACUUGGCCCCGAGUUUAAGGCUGCUGCGGGGGCGAUGAGCAAUGGAAUUCAAAUGGAGUAUGAAAGGUGCAAAGACGCUUUGCAAGCGUUCAAGGACUCUUUGAAGCCAUACACGGAUGCCUUUGUGGCAGGCAAAGCUUCUGCGCUCACGAGACAUGUGCGGAAGAUCACUUGGCUAUUUCGUAAUGAUGAUAUAGCCAAGCUGGAAAAAAGACUGGAGGCGCAUCUGAGAUCUUUGAAUAUGUACAAGACGGCUUUGUCAGAGAUCUAUGCUGCCACGACUGCGAAUAAUUCUGUAGAAGUACUCUCAAGCAUCGCUGAUCUACGAAUUGAGGUAAAUAAGAUUUCGAAGUCAAUCGUGCGACAACAUUCGCAGAUCCCACGGAAUUUGGGAUAUUCCUGGGAAGCAAAUUUUACACCGGCGGAUACCAUCAUCCUGCUCGAUGCCAUUGGAAGAGUAGUGAUAUUGCCGUUGGUGCUACUGGGCUCUGCAAAUGACUUACGAGAGAUUCUAAUGGUUAUGUAUCGGACUAUUGAGAUCGGGAGACGGAAGAUCCUACGAAACGAGUAUACCAUCACCGAUGAAAGUUCAGACGGAACAUUGCUUGACGCCACGAACUGGGCUACGGCCGUCCAGCCUGGGAUACAAUUGACUUUGAACAUGGUAUUUCCUGCUACAGAGUCCUUUAAUGACAAAGUGUGCCCUCGCUGCGACGAACAAACACUUGGAAUGAUGCUUUCAGGACAGCGAAGACGAUGUCAUAAAUGUCAACUCACAUUCCGUGUCUUCGACAAGGAGCGAUUUGUAGAGCAGUCAGAUUUUGAUAAUGACAGUAGCUCAGCACCGAUUACUGAGACUUCACUGGUGGCCAACAUACACAGCUCUGCGCCUUCGGAGUUAGAUUCACGCAAGAGAAAAAAGCCCUCAACUUGUGCAUCAGCUGAGAGCCUCAUGUUCAGAAGCGUGCAUUACCACCGGGACAUACGCAUAGCAAAAUCAGCCUCCGGAGAGCCCGAGGAUAGUGAUAGUCCACCUGAGCUGGACGUUGAAGAGCUCCCGCCUUUGCACAAAGCUGCCGCUAAGGGGAACUUGCACGAGAUAGAUGAACUUCUUACCGGUGGGGCCAACAUUAAUGAUCCCCUACCUUUCCAAGCACAGGAGAUCGGAACAGGGGACUGGUACUUUGGCCCAUGGAAAUUUAAGGGAUGUUCGCCACUACUGAUAGCUUGUUGGUACGGCGCUGUCAGAUCAAUUAAUCAUCUGUUGGAUCGAGGAGCGAACAUUUUGGGUGUGGACGCUGCGGGUCAGGGCACAUUUCAGUAUGCCUCCUAUAGUCCAAAUCCCGAGCGAAUUUUUCCCAUCUUAAUCAGAAGAGGAGCGAACCAUGCUUCUGCUGAUAAAUAUGGAUGCACGGCGUUCCAUGAAUGUUGUUGGAUUGGGCUAGCUUGGUCGGUCCAGUUUUUUCUCGACCAUGGAAUGGACUUGGAGUGCAAGAAUGAGCAUGGUCUCACACCUCUGAGCUUCGGUGUUAUCGGAAACAGUCCACAGGUAGUUGAGGUUCUAAUAGAUUGUGGAGCCUCUGUAAAUGUCUGGGAUGUUUGGGAUGGAAGCUCGACGCUCCAUUCUGCAGCUCGGGGUGGCUCUUUACGAAUAACGCAAAUCUUACUUGAACUCGGCCACGAUCCAUCACCACAAGAUGAAGAAGGCAAUACCCCUCUUCAUAAUGCCUCAUUUCAUGGCCAUAUCGGUAUUGUUGAUCUUCUCCUCGCUAAUGGAGCCGUCCCAUCGUCGUCCAACGAACUAGGUGAAACAGCAAUGCAUCACGCUGUCUGGAAUGGGCAUGAAACCGUCGUAGAGAGGUUUAUGGAGCACAGUAAUGACACCAAUACGUGCGACAUAUUCGGAAUGAAACCUUGGCAUUUGGCUGCUCAUCAAGGCCAUCGCUCCCUGGUGGAGCGGUUUAUCAAAGCUGGCGUUGAGUUACAAUCAAGGGGCGAAGACGAGUCAACAGCACUUCAUCUAGCUUCCUCUCGGGGGCACGAAGAUCUGGUUCUAUUACUUUUAGAGAAUGGUGCCGAUAUACAUUCAAGAGAUGUAAAAGGACGUACAGCUCUCCACCUAGCCUGUACUCGGGGAUAUGUAGAAGUGGUGAAGUAUCUUCUCUUGCAGGAGGCUGAUCCAGAGGCUAUCGAUAAUCAUGGAUACACAGCUCUAUUGUCAGCAGCCUUUUACGACCAAAAUGAUACAGUAAAGUUGCUACUUCAUCACGGUGCCAAAUGUUCCACUGCUUCUCCGGACGGUUAUACGCCGCUCAUGCGUGCCUCUGAUCGCGGAAACAUAUCUCUGGUAAAGAUGCUGCUGGACAGCGGUGCCGCCACUGUUGCGGCGAACGAUGUAGGAUGGCAAGCUCUACAUUUAGCCGUGAUGAGUGGACACGAUCAAGUAGUUGGCCUGCUCCUUGAUCAAGGUGCGGAAAUAGAUGCGAUAGAUUCUCACGGUCGCACCGCUCUGCACAUGGCCUGUUUCCGCGGGCAUGAAAAAAUCGUUGACUUGCUGUUGAAAUGGGGGGCAAGAACCCUCGUUGACCAUGAAGGGCGAUCUGCGUUACAUGAUGCAGGUUACAAGGGCAACGAGGCCAACAUAAUAGCGUUACUAGGCCACGGCUUGGAUCCAAACUGCAGACUUACAGAUGGAAAGACGACGCUCCACUGGGCUGCCAUCAAAGGAAACGCAAAAGCAGUACAGCUUUUGAUUGAAGCAGGAGCAAAUCUAAACAUGGAAGACAGCAAGGGGAGGACAGCCCUACACUUUGCAUUCUUACAAAGAAACGAUAGCAUCGCUCGGAUGCUACUGGAAGCCGGAUGUGACCUAUCACGGAAACACUUUAUCGGAACAUCUUGAUGGACAAUGCGGAUAUGUAGCAAUUUCACACGCAGGUGACGUUGGUAAUGACGAGCAAUGGCGAAUAAUGACGAAUGGCUUAGAACCUUUUACAACUGCCUUGUUCACUCGCUUGAACAACUGGUCGUGAGCCAUCUCUAUGUCGUGACAGUGGAUGUUAAGAGACAUGAACCUACAUGAGCAGCAAGUACCUUUCCUAGUCGAAGGGGACUGCCUGCUAUAUCAACAGCGCAGACCUCGCAACAGUCUCAUCAAACAAGGUAGCAACGUAGAUAAACAGUCUGCCAAUAAUGGAGAUCCGCUCACGCAGCUCUCUAUUGAACUAGAAGCCCCAGUCACUACACAUUCAAAGCUUCCAAACCUGCAAAUUUCGAUACCUCGCAACAAGCGGCUACAUCUGCCUAAACCCAAUCCUCCCAUCCCUAAUCACCGGCCCAGUCAAUUUAUCAUCAUAAAACUCAAAAGACUUUCAACCCAUUAAUCGAAAACCUCACCUCCCUCCUAUCCUUCACAACCUCAAUCGUAUAAAACGCCCCCGCCGCAUCCUUCACCGGCGGCAGCGGAUCCACCCCCUGAGAAACCAGAUUAAACCCCGGCGACUUCCUCAAAUUCGCCAACAAAAACGCCCUCUCCUCGGGCCAUCGACGUCUAAAAUACGACGCAUGCAAAGUCCUGAUAUCAGAAGAGUGAUACUGGGGAUAGCUCCCAUUUCGGGGUUUAAGCGAGGGGUCAAAGAUAGAACCUUUCCCAUCAUUGGCGACGGAUGCGGCGCCGAAGAAGAACAUGGCCAAGCCGGGCUCGUUGAGAGGAGAGAAUUCCCACGUGAUGCGAAUUUCGUCGGGGAAAACUUCAGGGACCCAGUAGACGAAGUAGUCGUCUGGGUUUCCGGCGCCGGAAAGCUCGAUUGUGCCGUUUAUGGCGGUGGCUGUGAGGGGGCCUUCGGCUAUCCAGGUGGAGAUGUCGAAGGUUGAGUUGAGAGGGUUGCUGUAGAGGAGUUUUGAGGCCAUUGUUGAUGUUGCUGCGAGAGCUAGGAGGAGGGUAUGAUGCGCAUUGUGAGAUCACGAGAGAAUCCCGUCUGAACAAGUCUUGAUGUACGUGGCAAGUGUGGCGAAGUAGAGAGGUACCAGGUCUCGAAUUCCGAGUUCUGACAGCUUGAAGGACUACGGCAGUAGGUCAAACUGACUGGAAACAUGGCAAGAACUUUCACUACUUUUUGUAUUUAUUAUCUGCUUACAUGCCAUCAUUUUCCAGUUCCAUGGGAGUGUAUAUGUGGAUCAACAACUAGCCGAGAGAGGCAACUGGUUCGGUGUUGCCAUUCCCGAGUAUAAGACGCGAUUGAUAUAAAUUACAUUACUCAAAUCCCCCGUGCAAGUAGUAAAAUAUUAUUUUUGUCCCCUGCAUCACGCAAUCCUUGGCGGAUAUACAUAUAUUUUUGAGUUGCGAGAUCUGAGAUGGGUUUAGCUCGGUAGUGAUAAUUCCCACCAAUCACAAUGAUACAUCAAAGGCAUGGUCGUGCCGGUAUGAAAUGUAAAGAUGAGAUAACGAACCUUAUGUGAAAGCUUAAACCAACAACGUGUUUUAUAUUAAAAAGAAGAGUGUGGAAGGUAAAAAUAUCAAAUGACGAGACAACAAAUGCUUUCACAAUCCGUCCGAUGUGCUCACGACUUCUUGACAGAAGGAUCCCCUCCAGCACAAAUCAUAAACACCGUUAUGAAAACUGCCGACAAUUUUGAAUUAACAUUAACAUUCCAUUAGGCAGAGCAAAAUGGCUUCUCAAUUCCUUGUAGAUAUGAGAGUUAAAUGUAAUUACAUUAGGGCAACAACAGCAACAUUGACAACCACCAAAACUACCCCACUAUUCCACGCCAAACCCAUCUCCAUCCCACCUCCAUUGGCCGCAACAGAUGAAGUAGAGGUAGUUGGCGGCUGAGAGAUUGCGGUUACAGGCGCACUCGUAAUUGGAGUUGAAGCCGUUGGUUGAGAAGAUUUGUCCAAGGUCGAGGACUCGGACGAAUAAAGAACAGUUGUGCCCGUUGCAGUAGGAUUAUACGAGAAAUUCGCCCGCCGACUGGUAGAUGUGCGUGACGGGAAGUCGUCCCGACCAUACUCGUCGUCGUCGUCGUCGGCAGGGUAAGUUGUCGCUCUCGCCGUUGCGCUUCCGGUGAUGCUCCCCAGGCUUGCACUGGGAAGGCCUGUCCAAUAGUUGCUGACAGCCGUUUGGCUCGGAAAUCGGUCGUUCUCCAGAGUGGUUGUUCUUCGGUCUUCUGAGGCUGUAGUUGCAGUUUCUGCGAAACCAGCGAUGAGAUCCCAAAAUCUCUGAGUAGGACGGGCACUGCAUUCAGCUGUCCAAAUAGCCGAUAGCAUCGCUUCCCCGGCGACAUCCGAGGUGUAGCCGUGAGCAGCAUAGCACGCGUUACAUCCUUCGUUCGCUUCCCUGAAGUUAGAACCGCAGACGCAUUGUUGCUCAGCGAGAUAGUCGAUUGCUGUGGUGUCGUUGGCAACACAGAUGUUCAGAAUGUAUGCUUGUUGCUCGCAAGGCGCUGGAGAGUCGUGGAGGGACUGGAAUAUCAACCCGAGGGGGCCAUUGUUGUCCAUGUAGGCCCCAAGAUUUGGCAGACACAUAUUCUGAAGGUACUCGACUGAUGCAUCGUCAAGAUCUCGUCGGUACAACCCUCCCGGGUGGGUCAAGGUCAUGGCACUGGUGGCCAUGAGGCUCAACAAUAGGGUUUUGACAGCCAUGUUUCGGGAAAUCAUUGGGAGAGGAUCAGGACGGUAACACUUAAAAUCAGCAGCACAAGGCGGCGGCUCAUGUAUGAAUAAAUAUUACUGACUCACGAUCUUUUUCAAACACUUGCAGGGUGAUAAAUUGGAAAUCUCGUAUCGUGCCUAAUCGGGCUAUCAAUGGCCCGCGUUGCUGAAUUCCUGCAGCCUGAUAGGGACAAGGAAAUUAUGCCAAGUCGUCACCAGCACCAAACAAACCGCAAGGCAGAUUUUGGAGACACUCGAUUUCACA